AUGUCAAAGAAAACCCCACGUUCAGGAAAAAGAGGAAAAAGAAAAGUGCUUGUGCCAAAAUGGAAAUUAUUUCGCGCCAAAGAGCCUCUUUUAUCUGUUUUUAUGUGGGGUGUCAACCAUUGCAUUGGUGAAUUAAUGCAUGUUCCUCCGCCUGGUUUGCUUAUGCCUGACGAUUUUAAAGCGAGUGUUAAGAUAAAAGUUGACAACCACGGUUUCAAUAAGGAUAAUAUGCCAAGUCAUUUUAAAGUGAAAGAUUAUUGUCCAAAUGUUUUUCGAAAUUUGCGUGAACAUUUCGGUGUUGAUCAGAAUGAAUACUUGCGAUCUCUAACUUACUCAGAACCAGAACCAGAAUUAGAUCAGGCUGAUAAGAGUGGGUCAAGAUUAUUUGUUUCUUAUGAUAAGAAAUUUGUUAUUAAAACGAUGGAUUCAGAAGCGGUCGCUGAAUUGCAUUCCAUUAUGAGAAGUUAUCACGAGUAUGUGGUUGAAAAACAUGGCAAGACGUUACUUCCUCAGUAUCUCGGACUUUUUCGAAUUACUGUGGAUGGCAGCGAGACUUAUUUGAUUAUUAUGCGCAAUAUUUUUGGACGAAAAUACAACGUGCAUCGAAAAUAUGAUCUCAAAGGCUCAACAGUACAACGACAAGCCAGUGAAAAAGAAAAAGCGAAGGAUUUGCCUACAUUAAAGGACAAUGAUUUCUUGGAGGACAACUACAAACUGUUACUACCAGAAAAUGCACGUGAAAAAUUGGUGAAUAUGCUAAGUACAGAUACAGAAUUUCUUGCACGAUUGCAUCUUAUGGAUUAUUCUUUACUUGUUGGUAUUCAUGACAUUGAUCGUGCUGAAGCAGAAGCAGAAGCUGCUAAUCAGUCUGUUCCUGAGCAGUCUGAAGGAGAAUUAUCAGAUGAUCUGGUUCCAACGCCUCCUGAUUCACCACUUCCUUCUACUGGUGCAUUUGCUCCAAUGCUGCCUGGUCGGCCUGAUCUCGAUGAUGAAUUUUUCGCUAUUGCCAGCAAUCCUACAAGUGGUAAGCGUCUCAUCUAUUUCAUUGGUCUAGUCGACAUCCUUACUUAUUAUGGUGUAAAAAAACGAACUGCUUCAGCAGCAAAAGCUGUCAAAUAUGGUUCAGAAGCUGAAAACAUUUCUACUGUAAAGCCAGAUCAAUAUGCCCGGCGACUUGUUGAAUUCGUAACUCGUGCAGUUAUUGUUAUAUAA